CCUCCUAGUCCCCCCCCCCCCGAUCGAGAUACUAUGCCCGACCGCGAGCUAUGGUCCACUCUCGUCUCAGCCAUCGAUCCGGGGAAUACUAAAAGCAUGUCUGCCGUUCUUCAGUCUACCAUCACUCUCCUGGAGUCCGAAUUAGCCAAAGCCAGGGCCGCCCUCAACGAAAUUCAACCCCAUGCAGGCCCCAUGAUGAUGAUGCGCGGUGAGGAACUAGCCGUCGGAGCCCUGGCGGCCUAUCGCCAGAACCUCAUCGGCCGCGCCCCCGAUUUCUACUACGGGACCAGUCGAUUGACCCCCAAAGAACUUGGUCUCGUUCCAAUCGUCCAUGAGAUUAAGGAAAUUGAUGACGCGGACGUAAUUAUUGAGAACCACCCGCCGCAGUAUGUGCUGACGGUGAUCCCCCCCAAGAAGGCGUUGCGACUGGAAGAUGUCCUGUCCAACAGCUUGAUCCUCGACCACAUGGCCCCUUAUCUCUCUCCGGGUUCGUUGUUUGCCCUGGCGGCAACCUCUCACCAUGUGCGCUCCCUGAUCAUGGAUACCCCCUAUGUUUUUCGACACCUCGAUUUGACCCAGUGCCGCGGUGCCCAGCUACAGGAUGAGUCGCCACCCAUCGACCGGCGAAGUGAGCGCAUGGACGAGUCUCUAACCGAAGAUGAAUUUUACUCGGGACCUCUCCGGGGGAUCUUUGCCAACCUGGAGAGGAGGUCGAUCUUGCGCAGCGUACGAACCCUGGUUUUGGAUGGAUUGUCCGUCCCCGCCGACUUGGUCUCGGAAAUUCUUCUGUCGGAUCGAUUCAACGUCAAUUUGCUCUCCAUCAGGGACUGUCGCCACCUCAAUGAACGGAAACUCAUGCAAGUGCUCAACUAUGCAGUCCGACCGUCGCGCCCCGCAGGAACCCCCCGCGUGAAGGGAAUCUACUACUUUACCCCCGUGGACCGUCCCCCACGGGCGGCCGCCCGCACUAAAUACCGGGACUGGUGGAGCUCGCAGUGUUCUAGUCAGCGCGCAUCAGCGAAUGUGGCGCCCACCUCCUGUGAUGAGCCGCAUGUUGACCAGCCCCAUCGCCAGAAUGCCUGGUAUCGUCCAUCGGGGAAACUUUUUAAGCGCCAUAUCGAGGAGGGCUGGGCGCAGACAGUCCAGAAAUGCGAAGGCAUCAUUGCGUUUGAUGCCAUGCUGUGCCGCGGACCUCGACACGACGUUAAUCGGUACACGGCCCAAAGCCCUGACGAAGAGGAGGAGUCUCCGCCCGAAGCCCGAUUGCUUGGUCCAGCAAUCGCCACCAUCGCCUUGGGCCCCAGAGGCUGUGACGGCUGCCAUACCUCUCCCGAAGGUCCAGCCAUUUGGGGACAAUCGCCGGAUGCCCAUUUCCCUUUGCUCACUCCGCCACCUUUCCAUUCGUCGUCGCUGGCAGCAGCCAAGCGCCCAGCCGUCUUUCCGGAUGAGUAUCCGGUCCUGAUUGCCCGGUGUGCGGAUUGUCUCACGGACCGUUGGUGCCACCCUUGUAAUAAAUGGUUCUGCAACACCUGUCUACCGCACCCUGACCGCGUGAGGAGCAACCUCUCUCCUCAUCAAACCGCUGUGCGAGGGCCACGUAAUGGCAGUGAGAGGCUAGGCCUUGGCGUCACCAAAGACUGCUGGGAAUGUGGACCAACGGUGAGUUUUCUCUCUCUCCCUCCCUCCCAUAUAUCUCCUAAUGAUUGGACUAGUGCAUUGCCUGCAAGCUUGAAUAUCAACGAACAUGUCAAAACUGCCAAGGAGACUACUGCGUCGAACAUAAUGAGGGUUGCUCCUCCACGAUGGUAAUGAUUUCCACUCCGGAUCAGAUCAAGCUGUGACUGACUGUGCUAGUGUGAUUGGUGCAAUACCAGUACCCGGCAUCGGACGAGAGAGCUCUAUUGAUUCGGACUCUUCCACCUGGAAAGGUAAGAAGGCAAAAAGAGAUUACUAGGGGAAAUCUCGUUUUAUUUCCUAGGGGUUAUGCCGCAGA